AUGGCAACAGAUGGAGUAGUAUCAGAAAAUGACUCUAGUUCUUCAGAGUUCAGGAUUGUGCUUCUGGGACCCAAUAGAGCUGAGAAGACUUCAGUGGGAAACACCAUUCUGGGUGAAGAGAAGUUUAAUCUGCAGACAGCUGCUCAGUGUGUGAAGAAAGAGGGAGAAGUUGGAGGAAGACAUGUUACUGUAGUGGACACUCCAGGAUGGUGGAGUGGUCAUCACACGGAGUAUACCUUAAAUCAAAUUAAAGAAGAGAUCACUCUCAGUGGGUCGCUAUGUGCACCAGGACCCCACGCUUUUCUUCUGGUCCUACCCAUACAAACAGUGUACAGAGAAAAAAACAGAGCGGAGGUAGAGGAACAUAUGAGGCUUCUUGGUGAGGGAGUCUGGAAUCACACUCUAGUACUUUUCACUAAAGGGGACUCAUUAGGAGAAAGGACCAUUGAGCAGUACAUUGAGAGUAAAGGAAGAGCCCUCCAGUGGCUUAUUAAGAAAUGUGGGAACAGGUAUCAUGUUUUCAACAACAUGAACAGAGCUGAUGACUCUCAGGUCACUGAACUGAUGGAGAAGAUAGAGAAGAUGGUGGCAGUAAACAGUGGUCUUCAUUAUGAAAUAGAAAAGAAGGGAUUGCAUGAAAGAGGAGAGCAAAACAUGGGAAGAGAAGAAGAAUUGCCAUCAGAUGAGGGGAUAGAUCUUACUAGAAAAAAAGAAGAAUUGGAUAUAAUGCAGACUGGGAAAAGAACAGUAACAGUGGACAACGAUUCACCGAAGUCUAGAAGACCAGAUUGCAUUCCUGAUAAAAAUCAUUCCAGGUUUCCAGAUUUGAGGAUUGUUCUUCUGGGAUCUAAAGAGGCAGGGAAGACUUCGGCUGGGAACACGAUUCUGGGUGAAGAGGUCUUCAACCCAGGGACAACUCCUCAGUGUGUGAAGAAAGAAGGAGAAGUGGCAGGAAGACAUGUUACUGUAGUGGACACUCCAGGUUGGAGUAGUUACCUCCGUGUAAAACACACCACAGAUGAAGAUAAACAAGAGACUUCUCUCAGUGGGUCUCUGUGCUCACCAGGACCCCACGCUUUUCUUCUGAUCAUUCCUGUAAAAAUCUUAUACACAAAAACACAGAGAGCAGUGGUAGAGGAACAUAUGAAGCUUCUUGGUGAGGGAGUCUGGAAUCACACUUUAGUACUUUUCACUAAAGGGGACUCAUUAAGAGAAAGGACCAUUGAGCAGUACAUUGAGAGUAAAGGAAGAGCCCUCCAGUGGCUUAUUAAGAAAUGUGGGAACAGGUAUCAUGUUUUCAACAACAUGAACAGAGCUGAUGACUCUCAGGUCAGUGAACUGAUGGAGAAGAUAGAGAAGAUGGUGGCAGUAAACAGUGGUCUUCAUUAUGAAAUAGAAAAGAAGGGAUUGCAUGAAACAGUAGAGCAAAACGUGGGAAGAGAAGAAGAAUUGCCACCAGAUGAGGGGAUAGAUCUUACUGGAAAAAAAGAAGAAUUGGAUAUAAUGCAGACUGGGAAAAGAACGGUAACAGUGGGCAACGAUUCACCGAAGUCUAGGAGACCGGAUUGCAUUCCUCAUAUGGGUGGAGAAAAUACAUCUAUGAGAUAUACAACUAUGUCUGAAUCACAGAUGUCUCUGGACUCAACCACAAGCUCGGGGUACGGCUCAGAAAAUAACUCCAGUUGUCCAGAGUUCAGGAUUGUGCUUCUGGGAUUUAAAGAAGCCGGGAAGACGUCUGCUGGGAACACCAUUCUGGGCAAAGAGGAGUUUAACCUGGGGAGAACUCCUCAGUGUGUGAAGAGAGAGGGUGAAGUCGCAGGAAGACAUGUAACUGUAGUGGACACUCCUGGAUGGUGGAGUAAUUUGCCUGUAGAGUGUACCUCACUGCAAGAUAAACGUGGGAUUGUUCUCGGUGGGUCUCUGUGCCCACCAGGCCCCCACGUUUUUCUUCUGGUCGUUCCUGUGCGACUCUCGUACUCGGAACAAAAGAGGGCGGUGCUAGAGGAACACCUGGAGCUCCUGGGUGACGGGGUCUGGAAACACAUCCUGGUACUGUUUAGUUUUGGGGACUGGCUUGAAGAUGUAACUAUAGAGAAGCAUAUAGAAGCUGAGGCGACAGCACUUCAGCGGCUUAUUGAGAAAUGUGGGAACAGGUAUCAUGUUUUCAACAACAUGAACAGAGCUGAUGACUCUCAAGUCACUGAACUGAUGGAGAAGAUAGAGAAGAUGGUGGCAGGAAACAAUGGUCUUCAUUACAAAAUAGAAAACCAGUGA